CAACAACAACAACAACAACAACAACAACCACAACAACAUCAGCAACAGCAACAGCAACAGCAACAGCAUCAACAACAACAACAACAGCAACAGCAGCAGCAGCAGCAGCAGCAUGUUGAAUAUCAUUUUGAUUCUACUUUACAAAAUACCCUUAAUCAUCAUAAUUCUUACUAUGAGACUGCUAAUAAUGGUAGCAAUACCUCGACUAGUGGUAAUAAUAAUACACUUUCACCUACUACCACUACCACUCAUUUCUCUACUUCACAACAUCCUCUUACCUUUCAAUCGAAUUCAAAUAAUAGCUUAGGAGGCUUGACAACGCCUUCUUCAAUGUCUCAACAAACUGAUAAUAAUCGAUCCCAGGCUAUGCUUGAUUGGCAACUUGCUCGUGCCUUAUUCUCAGCCAACAUACCAUUUGAAUCGAUUGAACAUCCACUGAUGAUUGAUUUCUUUAAACGAUUGCAGCCUAAUUAUGUUGUACCGAAAGGAAAGCGUCUACUACAAUAUUUACUCAAGGAACAGCAUUGGGAUUUAAUUCAAUGGGACGAUAACCGUCAACAACAAAGGUUAUCCCCAGGACGUAUGAUAAACAACACAACAACGACAACAACAACAACAACAAAUCGAUUAUUAUCUUCACUUCACUCACCUACAACUGAUCUUGAUGGAAGUUUAUAGA